UCGGCUCUUCGUAGCUCCCAAAACUCCUUACACUCCUCAGUAGCUAAUUCCCAACGCCCUUCAUCCGCUUACUAUCCACCCCCGACAUCAGCCACCCCUCGACCUAACAAGCUUCAUCAAUCGAUACCUAAUCUCAAAAGCCCUCCUUCAACACACCGACUUCACAACAGUGAUGAAAGUGGCAGAACAUCUUCAUUUCCUAAUGUUCAGUAUGGGCAGAGCUAUUAUCCACCUCAAAUGAAGAAUAGUUAUGUGAAUCCAGAAGAAGCAAGUAAAGUACCGUAUGGAGGGUCUCAUCACAGCCCAACGCAUAAUACAUAUCCCAAUAACGUUCAGCAGUCAACACAUGUCAAUCCGAAUUUGAGGCUGGACGACAGAGGACAAGAUAUCAGGUAUAACAACGGUGGUGGUUUGCUUAGAGAAGAUGUGUUUAGGCAAUCACAAACCUCACGGCAUGAUGAAAUGAUGAGGUACCCCAGCCAAGGAAACAUUCGUAUAUCAGAGGCUCAGAUCCAACAGAGUGACAUGUCUCGAUACAAUGAGAUGCGUACCUCAAAAAGUGAAGACUUGUUGAAACAUCAUACCCAACAGCAAAAUGACAUGAUGCGAUAUGCUAGCAGUGGUAAUAUCAGGGAGGGCAAUAAGGUCGAUGUUCAGCAACUCCGACAAAAUCCAGACCAUCCACCUCAUCACAGACUUGGCAAUGAGGACAGACACCAGAGAGGUGUUGCCAAAAUAACAGAGAUGUCAGAAGAGGUGAGGAGGAGACAGAACAGAGUACCUUACAAUCAGCAACAGGGUCAAUAUCUGCAGCAACAGCAACACUAUUAUAAUCACAUGAUGUCACAGAAUGCACAGAGUAUGCAAAAUCUGAGUAUCAACCAUCAGCAUCCACAAUAUACUGGCCAGCAACAUGGUCAAUAUCAGCAGCAACACCAGCCAAAUCACAUGCAACCUUUAUCACCAACAUACAAGAAUGCUCCUCUAACUGUAAAACCAUCUAGAAAAGAGGAGCUCAUUCCCGAAGUGCCACCCAAUAACACCCACCCAUUGUACUCUGCUAGUAGUCAGGACCCUCCCAAAAUGGCCUUUUACCCCACUACAGGUUCACAAUCUAGUAAGCCUCCUAGGGACCCAUGGGCUAGAGAAGAACAGGAAAGGCAACAAGAAGCUAGAAGAGAAGCAGCCAGGCAAUGGCAAGAACAACAGAUAAGAGAAUUAACCUCGAUGGCUUACAGAAGCCCACAGCAAGACGAACAGCUGAGGGUGUUGCAGCUUGAAAGGGAAUUCCAAAGGAGGGCGAUGGAGGCGUCUGCUGAAGAAGGGGAUGAUGAUACGGAGAAGGAGAGUCUAAGUCCUCAACAGCAUCCACCAGCACCUCAACCUGUUUCCAGUCAGACUGUGGUUAGUACUAUGACAGCCACAACCGUAUCAAGCAAACAAGAACCAUCUCAGAUACCACCUGCUUCAAUUCUCAAACCUAACGUUAAUAGCAAUAAUGGGAACCAACAUCACCAGCUGCAGCAAGAGCAACAUCAGCAGCAACACUUGCAGCAAUAUCAAGGACAGCCUUCUCCAGAAGUAGUGAACGCUCCUCCUCCUCCCGAAAGAGGUUCUAGUUUUGCAGUAAUGUCGAUGCGAACCAAAGAAACAACAAAAAGGGUAUCUUUCAAUGAUGUUUCUGCAGGAGGGGGUAUUUCUACACCGUCUCAGCCGCCCAAUACUCUUCAGAUUGAAGAAACGAUAAGGGAAGAUCCGAAUAGUUUUAUUCGCCAAGCCGAAUCAUUACUGGCAUCUCCCACGACACCUACUGAUUCGUCUCCGGGCAUGCUUACUGCCACUCCAGGAGUCAUAGGGGCUCAAGAAGUGUAUAGGGACCCAAGAACGCGUCGUCUAGCAGAACAGGCUCAACGCAAGGACCAAACACAAAGUGCUGCAGUCCCAGAGAAAUUAUCUUUUAAGGAGAAAAUGAAAAUGUUUGCCAUGGAGACCGGAGAACAAGAAACACCAAAGGACAAGAGUAAAAUCAGCAGGGCACAGAGGGACAUCGAUAAUUUGUCUUCACCUAAUAUGGUGGUGCAUUGAGAGAAAUUAAACAUUUGCCUCAUGUGGUUUCUAAGAUUCAAAUCAUUUUCGUGGACGAGUCUUAUGAUUCCCAAAGGGUAUGAGUUGAAAUUUGUUUCAUUCACAUUCACACAAUAAAGAUGAUGUGAUAGUAAUAUAAUUUUGGGCAUUUUAUUUUUGUAAAUAUUAUAUCAUCCCAAAAUUAUUUUUGCGGGAAUAUUUAUUUGUCUUUAGUUACCAGGAGAAUUUUAUUUUUAUAUCUGAAAUCAUCACAACAGCAGAGAAGCUUCAAUAAUUAAAAAAUAUACAGCGAGGAUUGGAUUGUUUAUUACUCACCUUACCCAAAAUCAAUUUUAUACAGUUCUUUCCAUCUUUGAAAAUAUUAAAAAAUUGGAAGACAGUAAGGUUCUAUUCAAAAAACCAAAUUUCAGCUCAUAGUCAUUGAAAAUGUCGAAAAAUUACAGAAUAUAGAAACGAUAUAAUUUUAUACAUUCAUGACCAUUGUUCAAUUUGAAUGAAUGAAACUUGUGGACCUAAUUGAAUAAUUAUCGUGCUUGAUACUGAAUAUGCUUAAAGACCUCUGAACAAAUAAUAUGUGAUAGUUUUUUCAGUAUGAUAAGUAUAGACCAAUUAGUCAGUAUAUGAAAUUUUCUUCUGGAAAUCAUUACUUCUUCUAGUGAAAGGAAUUGUCUUGUUUUAUGCCUUAUAUGUAAAAUUUUUGUUUUGACAUUUUUUGAGAUUAUUAAACCGAAGUACAUACGUCCUCCUACAAAUAAUCAUCAUUAUUUCUAUUUCAUGUUGGAAUUUUUGAUUUCCAAGUAAGUUUUAUGACUAGAUGAGUAGGUUUCUGUUGCCUGCUAAUAACUAAGUACCGUCCAAAUGCAGCUAGCAAAAAGUAUUACAACGAUUGAGUUUUAACAUUGAGUUUUAAUUCCUCUUUUUCCAAGAUUAUCACGAAUCGCUUGGAUGGAGUUAAAUGCAGGAUAUUGUGCAAAUGUCCUCUUAUUAUUUUCUGAACGUAGUGGCUUAAAAAGUGAUUACUCUGAACCUUAUGAAAAGUUUCUUUCAUUAAGCGAUAUUGAACUAUAUAUUGUAUUAUACUGUAGAAUCCCUAUUUUUUUGUCAAUUCAAAUGAUUUAGAUAGUAGAUAAUAUUUAAAAAAUCUAGCAAUACAUUUCACAUAAGGACCAAUAUACAUGAUUUUAUCUAUAUUAUACACUCAUUCCAUAAAUUCAAUUCAUUACUAGACCAUGUAGUUUCUGAAAGAUUUUUGACUAGUGAAUAACAGUUUACAUGUUAUGAUAGUUCUAGUGUACUCAGAAAUUAUUUUUAACUAAAGCCAAGAUUUGCAAUACUGUCUAAGAAACGGUAUGGCCAAGAGACGGUCAAGAAUGUGAUGGUUUCUCUUUUACCUUGAAAAAUAUUUUUAUGGUUUACGAGUUUUCUGAUGUGCAGUUAAAUUUCAAAUUAUUGACCAGAUUAUUCUGGAUUUUAUUCAAUUGUACAAAUCAAGAACAAAAACGACCUUCUUUUAUUUGCUUGAUGACGUCAAUUCAUGAGCAAUAUAAUGUAUAAUUUGAUUAGGAAACGUCUUAUUUCCUAGUGUAUAUAAGAAUGUAAAUUAUGACUAAAGGUAGAUAGAUGAUUAUCAUCAUAUAGAUUUUAGAACAGAUUAUUGAUUUGUUGAAAUAUGUAUUAUCUUGAAAUAAACAGAUAUUAUAUAAUCAA